AGAGACUCCACUACCUACCUCAAUCUUAUCCGGACCUCCUGUUUAUUGCCCAACAUGCCGCGUGCAGAAGUCGGAACUCCAAAGUAUCUCGCCAAUAAGAUGAAAUCCAAGGGCCUACAGCGCCUGCGGUGGUACUGCCAAGUCUGUGAGAAGCAGUGUCGAGAUGAGAACGGCUUCAAGUGCCAUGCUCAGUCAGAAGCCCAUCUUCGCCAGAUGCUUGUCGUCGGCGAGAAUGCCGGGCGGCAUAUCGCUGAUUUCUCGAGCCAGUUCCAGCAUGAUUUCGUCCAACUUCUCAGCAGACGAUAUAACACGAAACGGGUGCGCAUCAAUCAGGUCUACCAAGAAUUCAUUCAAGACAAGAACCACCUUCACAUGAACGCCACCCGUUGGGUGACCCUCACCGAGUUCGCCAAACAUCUGGGACGCUCAGGUAUUGCACGCGUGGAUGAGACCGAAAAAGGAUGGUUUAUUGCGUGGAUCGACAGCAGCCCGAAAGCUCUCGCAAAGCAAGAAGCCUCUAUCAAAAAGGAUCGAGCUACGCGGGACGAUGAACAGCGGGAGCGUACUCUGAUUGCAGAGCAGAUUGAGAGAGCAAAGUUGGAGAAAGAGGCGAGUGGUGAGGAAAGUGCGAGCCUUCCCGUUGAGGAGGGCCUCAAGAGAGAAGAGGGCGCGGAGAAGGUUGUUCUAUCAUUAUCUGCAAAGCCAGUGGCUACAUCGGAUACAACGGCCAAAGUUGCUCUGACAGGGCUGAAGCUGACUGCCAUAAAGCCCGGGGCGAAUCCUCUCAAAGUUAAUCCGUUGAAGCGGCCUAACGUGUUCAAGUCUGCCGCGCCUGCCAAGUCUGAGAGCUCAGAGGGUGGCGGUGGAAAUGAUAGGAAACGACCUGCGCCGAUGUCAGCUGCAGAACGGCUUAUCAUAGAGGAGCAAGAGCGUAAGCGCCGGCGGAUGGAUAGAGAAAGUGUAGUCUAAGUUUCAGUUGCGUACUGUAUCAUUUUACUGUAUUCUUAUUACAUUUUUCAGCUAUUGCGGAAAUAUUUCAGCCUCAAGUAUUGCUAUAUGACUGGCACAACACGAAAGGAAGCUAGAAUGCACAGCUACUUAGACUGCGACCGCAGUGUGUCGAUGGAUGCGUGUCACGAUUUGUCAUGUAUACACCCCUGGCAGCUCCCAUCAAACGAGGAAUGUUACAGAUCAACCCUACACAUGAUCCAAUAUGACGGUCGUAUACGAUGG